CAUCUCCUCUUUCUUCUCAGACGAGAGGCCGAAGGAUUAGAACACCCAAAAUACAGUGUGUUUCAUCACCAGCCACAAGCAUGAGCGAGAAAAAGAGUAACCCAUUGCUGGCUCGUAUGUCAUAUAUAUUAUUAUUCAUUGGUAUCCCUUCUUCUACCGAGCUCCAUUCGUUAUUUCCCGAACGGUGAGAAGAGCAGAAGCCCUUGUCUCGAUAUCAUAAUUUUGCAGCAGCUCCCAGUUUUCUCUUUUCUCCGCGCUCUCGCCUCUCUCCGGUCCCAAUCUCUCUUCUCUCUCUCUCUGUCGCCUCUCCCGUCUCCGCUCUCUCCCCUCUCUCUUGCUCGCCUUCCGUCACUGGGAGGAAGGGGUCCUUUUUCUCUCUCGCGCCAUUCCCAGCUUCUUCCGCUCCGUCGCCGCACGCUAUCCAAGGUGAAGAAGAGGGAGAGGGGGCAGUAAUUUAGAUUUAAGUUCAAAUAAUUGAUAGGGAAAUGGCCGGUACUAUAGUUGAGGACUAUGGGACGGGUGGUAUGCCUUCAUCAACAGAAGGGAUGUCCAGUGAGCAGCGUUACCAGUCUGGGGAUUCUCUUGCAGAAUGGCGGUCUUGCGAGCAGGUCGAGAAUGGAACACCUUCGACUUCACUCCUGUACUGGGAUACCGAUGACGAGGAUGACUAUGGACCGAAGCCUUCCGAGUUGUAUGGAAGAUUUACUUGGAAGAUAGAAAAUUUUUCAACAAUCAACAAAAGAGAAUUGCGAAGUAAUGCAUUUGAAGUUGGUGGUUACAAAUGGUACAUCUUGAUCUAUCCACAGGGAUGUGAUGUCUGCAAUCAUCUAUCGCUGUUUCUUUGUGUCGCCAAUCACGACAAACUUCUGCCAGGAUGGAGUCAUUUUGCGCAGUUUACGAUAGCUGUAGUGAAUAAGGAUCCCAAGAAAUCUAAAUACUCUGAUACAUUGCAUCGAUUCUGGAAGAAGGAGCACGACUGGGGAUGGAAAAAAUUUAUGGAGUUGUCAAAAGUGUAUGAUGGCUUUAUUGUCGCUGACACUCUUGUUAUCAAAGCUCAAGUUCAAGUUAUUAGAGAGAAAGCACACCGCCCGUUUCGUUGCCUAGAUUGCCAAUACCGGAGAGAACUGGUUCGGGUAUAUUUGUCAAAUGUAGAGCAAAUUUGCCGACGUUUUGUUGAAGAGAGGAGAGGCAAGCUCAGCAAGUUGAUUGAUGAUAAAGUGAGGUGGUCAAGUUUUCGUGCUUUUUGGUUAGGAAUUGACCCAAAUGCUAGGCGACGCAUGUCAAGAGACAAAACAGAUGCCAUAUUGAAAGUAGUAGUUAAGCAUUUUUUCAUAGAGAAGGAAGUCACAUCUACCUUAGUUAUGGAUUCUCUCUACAGUGGGCUGAAGGCUCUUGAAUGCCAGAGCAAGAACAAGAAAGGGAGAGCACAACUGCUAGAUUUGGAGGAGUUACCAGCUCCAAUGGUCCGCAUUGAUAAAGAUAUGUUUGUGCUGGCUGAUGAUGUGUUAGUAUUGCUUGAAAGAGCAGUCUCAGAGCCCUUUCCUCAUCAGCCUUUGCCUCCUAAAGAUGACAAGUGUACACAGAACCGUACAAAGAACCGUACAAAGGAUGGAAGUUCUGGAGAAGAAUUUAAUAAAGAUUCCAUUGAGCGAGAUGAAUGGCGGCUUAGUGAGCUGGGACACAGGAUGGUGGAAAUUUUUGUUCUAGCACAUAUCUUCAGCAGUAGAAUUGAAGUUGCCUACCAGGAGGCUGUUGCUUUGAAGAGACAGGAGGAGCUCAUUCGUGAGGAGGAAGCAGCUGGCCAAGCUGAAAAUGAGCUUAGGGGCAAAGCGUGGUGCUGCUGAGAAGGACAAGCGUUGCAAAGAAAAAACAGGUCCCC